AUGGCCGGCGACCCGAGCAACAGCAAGGUGUACUUUGACGUCGAGUGGGAGGGCCCGGUGCUCAACGACAACUUCGACCCCGUCGGCAAGCCGCAGAAGCAGCAGGGCCGCAUCACGUUUGAGCUGUUCGACAAGGUCGUCCCCAAGACGGCGCAGAACUUCCGCGAGCUGUGCACGCGCCCCAAGGGCCAGGGCUACGUCGGCUCGCCCUUCCACCGCAUCAUCCCCAACUUCAUGAUCCAGGGCGGCGACUUCACCCGGCAAAACGGCACGGGCGGCCGCUCCAUCUACGGCGAGAAGUUCCCUGAUGAGAACUUUAAGCUGAAGCACGACCGCGAGGGUCUGCUGUCCAUGGCCAAUGCCGGCCCGAACACCAACGGCUCGCAGUUCUUCAUCACCACCGUCGUCACGAACUGGCUCGACAACCGUCACGUCGUCUUUGGCCAGAUCAACAAGGAAGACGGCUCGUGGAAGGUCGUCAAGUCCCUCGAGGCGUGUGGUGACGAGCGCGGCAACGUCAAGUCGCCCAAGCCCACCAUUACCGGUGCGGGUGUCCUGUAA